AUGAAUAGACCUUAUCAGUAAAAUUAUCACUCAUAGACUUCUAACUAUAACACUGGUUAUAAAAGUUAUGGCAGAGGUUAUGGACGUGGUAGAAGCAAGUCGUUUUUCUAUGGUAGAAACAAAAAUUAUAACAACUAAAAUUAUGAGAAUUAUUCGCAAGCAACUUACAAUGGGAAUGGUGGACCAGGAGUUCAAGAUGAAAGGCAAGGCCAAUGCGAGAAUAUGAAUAGCUAAGAAGGAAUAGAAGAAAAUGCUUUUGGUCAAGCAGACAACAAUAAAAAAAGAACUUUCAACUAAUUGCAAUAAGAGACUAAUUAGCUUAAAGUUGAGAAUCUUGGUAUUAGCGAAUAUGACUUUUCAGAUAAUAAACCAGUAAAACGAUCGCGUAAAAAAGCUUCUGAUGAGUAAUAUGAAAUAAAAGAUGAGUAUGACUUUAGUAUAAGCUAACAGUAAAAAAGAUAGUAAAAGUAACCACAAUUAUAAAGUUAAUGUACUCAGAGCUAUUUUUAGUAAUAAUUAGAAAUUUCUCCUACUAAAAGUGUAAAGAAAAAAGUUUAAUUCUAAGGGGAGGAUAAUCAAGGUGAAGAAACUGAUGCUACUGAACAUGCUGAACCUGGUCCGAAAUAUGUUCCAAUUGAUAAUGAAGAAGUUAAGAAAAUUGAGAAAUCUUCUUAUACUCAGAAAAAUACAGUAUACUGUCAUGCUUUUGGAUAUGCAAAGAUUAUUGAUAAGUAAAUUAAAGAAGAAACAGGAAUAUCUAGCCCUACUAAGUACGCAGGAAGUUAUAAAUUACCACAAGAUAGAUAGUCUAGACAAGAGCCAUUUAAUUCUUAAUAGAAAAUUAAACAAGAAACAGUACCGUUUGGCUAGGCUUAGCCAAACUCAACUCAUAAUAAUUACAUUUAAAAUCUAUAAAACAAUGUCAACCAAAAUUAAAAUAAAAGUCAUCAAACUAGACUUCAACUUACAUAAAACAUCCCAUAGAUAAAAACAGAGAUAGUAAUGCCUUCAUUGCCUGAUUAGAUCUCAUAGAGUUAAAGCACUAGAAAUACUAACACAGCACACAAUAAUAACAAUAAUAAUGGGAAUAAUAAUAUGAAUGGCAAUAAUAAUAAUGGAAACUCAACUUUAAAUAAAUUCAUGAAUUAAUAAUUCAAACCAUAACAAUAUCAAUUACCUGUAACUAACAACAAUGGGCAACCUUUAUCCGAAAAGUAGAAAAUUGGAAUUGAGCUGUAUAAUAUGCAUCAACAAAAUAUGAAAGAAAAAAAUCAUAUUUUGUAAAAUAUCAGGAAUGCUGCUGAGUUUCAAGCAUUACCAUGGUUUCUAUAACCUGAUAAGAUUCUAGAUAUGAAUAAAAGACGCCCAGGAAAUCCAUAGUAUGACCCAGGAACUGUUUACAUUCCGGUUUAAGAACUUGCUAAAUUUUCUCCAUUUUUAAGAUAGUAUUGGAGUUUAAAGCAAAAUCACUUUGAUAAAAUUCUUUGCUUUCAAAAAGGAAAAUUUUACGAGUUAUAUUACAUUGAUGCAUUAAUUGGUCAUCAUUAUCUAAAGAUUGCUUGGAGUGGAGGAUCAAAUGCCAUACAUUUCCAGCAAGCAAUAUCUUGCGGUAUUCAUGAAAAUAAUCUAAAUAAAGUUUGCUAAGAAUUUAUUGAUCUUGGCUUCAAAGUUGCAGUUAUUGAAUAAGCUGAGGAUAAAAGAGAAGUAGAUGAGAGAAUUAAGGCAUAACAUUUGAUAUUAAAUGCUAGAGCCCCAAGAACGCCUGAUAUGCUAGUAAAGAGAUAGAUUAGUGGUAUUUUUACCAAAGGAAUACUUCCUUAUGAUCCAGGCUAAUAAGAUUAUGAAGCCAAAUGGAUUUUAUCACUGUAUGUUGAGACUAGAAAUCCGUUUGGAAAUAAUGGUAAUGAUAAAGAUCGGAGAGAUAAAAUUGGUGUAGCCUUUUUUGAUAAUACAACUCUAACUCUCCAUUUAGGCUAAUUUGAAGAGGAUAUGCUAUACUCUAAAUUCAGGACACUUUUAUGCUAAAUUAGACCAAGAGAAAUCAUAUUUGACAAAGAAAACAUAAGUUUAGAUAUCGUUAAGAUACUCAAAGAAUAGCCUUUAACCCCAGAUUUAAAUAAUAUAUCCUUGCAGCGGGAAAGAUUAGCUAUUAAAUAUUUUGGAAAUGAUACAUAAAAGUGGCCAAGAGCUCUUUAAGAUUAUAGAUCGAACUAAGAUAUUUUUACACCUAGUUGGAUAUCAUUUGCAAUGAUAAUUAUGUAUUUGCAAAAUGGAUUAAUAGCUGAUCAAGUUGUUGGGUUGAGUGAUAUUCAUAAAUAUGAUCCUGAUAUGCAGUUAAAAACUUGUAUGGAGAUAGAUAGUUAAGCGAUAAAGUAGCUUGAGCUUCUAGAAGUUCCUGGUACUGAUAAGCCUAAAAAGGAAGGUUCUCUAUUCCAUUAUUUAGAUCACACAAAAACUGUGUUUGGUAGGAGAUUACUUAAGAAAUGGAUCAGUACGCCAUUAUUCGAUGUUGAUAAGAUUAAUACUAGACUAGAUGCUGUAGAAGACUUACUUUCUCAUCCAGAUAUGCUCUAAAAACUCUAAGAUAAACUUAAAAUGCUUCCUGACUUUGAUAAAGAAUGCACAAAUAUCUAUAAGCUUUCUACUAAAACAAGCAUGACAUUAUUGGCUUUUGAAAAAUUAGAUAUUGAAAGCCUCAGAGAUUUCUAUAAUUUACUUGAGAAGAUCAAACUUGUUGGAAAUAUUUUAGAGCUAUUCAAAACAAAAAAAGAAAAAUUUAAGUCACAUAGACUUAAAGCACUUUUGACCAUGAAGGAUGUAAAUACCAAAGCUAAUGUAAAAACAGAGAGAAAUCUUAAAAAUGAGGAUUAGAAACCUGAUAUAAAUUUACUGGAUAAAAAGAAAUAUCCAACAGCUAUAUUUCCUGAAAUCCAUAGCGCUAUUGCUGAGUUUGAAGCUCUUAUAAUAUGGAGCACAGGUAGUAACGGAGAAAAAUUUCCUGAGCCUUUUGAGGGUUUUGAUGCAGAUUAUGAUAGAGCAAAAUUUAGAAUAAAAGAUAUUGAAAUGAAACUCGAUAAGCAUUUAUAAGAAGUUAGGUAAAUAGGUAUAUGCUAGAAGUUCCGAAAGUCCUUGUUGAAGGAGGAAGAAGACCACCUGAUUUUGAACUAGUCAAAACAUCAAAUGCAACUCUAUGUGACUGAACUCGAAGAUGCUGAGUACAAUAUCAAAAUAGCAAUAAUGCCAUUUAUUUGUUCAAUUUUUGGAAUCUUCCAGCAAAAGAGAAGAGUUUGGUAGUAAAUUACAUCUUGCCUUGCAGAACUAGAUUGUUACACAUCCUUGGCGAUUGUAGCUUAAACAAAGCCUUAUUUAGAAUUGAAGAAAAUGAGGCAUCCAUGUGUAAAUUUAACUUUUGUUCCAGGGUUGGAAAUAUCAGCUCAUUUUACGAAUGCUCAUAGCCAUUAAAAAACGAAUACCUUUAUACCUAAUGACACUUCUCUAGGUAGAAGAUAUACAGAUAAAGAUAAAUCCCCAUCAAAAUUAGAUGAUAAGUAGCCUAAUAUUCUUCUUUUAACAGGUCCAAAUAUGGGUGGUAAAUCCACACUUUUAAGAUAAACUUGUCUUGCUGUUAUUUUAGCCCAGAUAGGAUCAUUGGUACCAGCAGAAAAGUGUGUUUUGACUCCAGUUGAUAAAGUUUUUACAAGAUUAGGAGCUUCUGACAAGUUACUUGAAAAAAAAUCUACAUUUUAUGUUGAAAUGGAGGAGACAAAAGCUAUCCUAGAUAAAGCAACUCAAAAUUCAUUAGCUGUAUUAGAUGAACUUGGCAGAGGUACAUCUACUUAUGAUGGAUUAUCCAUAGCUGAUGCAGUCCUUAACUUCUUGGCUGACAAAGUUGGAGUAUGUUUAUAUAGUUUUUAAACCCUUAUAGUGUCGAGCGCUUUUUGCAACUCAUCAUCAUUAGUUAUGCUCAAAAUAUGA